AUGGCGUCUCCACGGUGGUCUACCUCCAUGCUGUUGGCUUCACUGAUCCUUCUUCUUUACUGGACGACCUCCUCUGCUCGGUCAUAUGACUCCACCUCCACCGACCUGUCUCCACCACACAGGGUAAGAAGAACCCUGCCUUUCCGCACCAGAGAGGAGGUCGCAGCAUCUAUGCAGACUGCAAAAGAUGUUCUGAAUUUCAUCAACGACAGGAUUGGAAAGAAAAACACUGAAAAGUUGUCACGUGUGUUGAAGGGGAUCUCCAAUAUCGCCAGCAUGGCACCCGUUAUCGGAGGUCUGGUCUCAUCCAUUGUCAAUGUGGUUUUGGCCUUUGUCCCUCAAGAAAACCCUCUGAAUGAGCUGAGAGAAGGGUUUGCUGAGGUGAACAGGAAACUGGACUCUCUCUCCCUCCAGAUCUCCAACCUGGCAACAGAUGUAGAAUGGUUCAACUACGCCAGCGUCUAUUCUCAAGAUGAGGUCCGCAUCCUCAACGCCUGGAAGAAGUUUGAAGAGUUCCGUGAGAACAGUGGGUUGGUAAACACUGCUGAAGACAAACUCCGACUGGCAGAGAUAUUCACCAACUACUAUGAGAACACAGCAGUUGAGGCCAGUGUGGCCAACCUCUACCAUUACCUGACAGUCAGCAGCACGUCUCUCAGUGGAAACCUCAACGACCUGCUGAGGAAGAAGUUUAAAUGUAACAUUGGUGAGAUCGGUAAAUAUAACAUAUAUUUCAGCAGCUUGCUGUGGAGGGGGAUGGUACUCAACCAGCUCUACUGGGAUCUCAUUGGUUUUAGCUCAUCAAGAAAACAAGCUGUACAAACUGAGAUGUUCAAGACCGUCUCUGAAGCUCAGAUAUCAGCUGUGAAGUUCUGUAUGAAAAACUAUGCACAGUACAUGGAGAAGGACGUGGAGGAGAUCAGCAAAGCAAUGAGUCCUGACAACAAAACCGCCAUUGCUUACCAGGUGAAAACAUUUCUGGACAAAAAGUACAACUGGUAUAACUGGGUGGUGCUGGUGUACAACACAGACCAGGAGCAAAACUACAUCUAUAGAUAUAACAUGACAAAUGUCCCUGUGGGUGAGAUCACUGUGGCUGUGGACUAUACUCAGAAAACAAACGAAGAAAGAAAAGAAGAAGUUAAGAAUCAGUUGAGUUCUUGUUACAAGGAGAGCUAUAGGUAUUCUAGUUUAAAUACAGGACCUGUGUUAGCACCUAAGCUGUGUGAGGAUUUUGAACAUAAAAAACUGUGCAGUCAUGAGGUGGCUGGUGUUCCUGUCACAGAGUAUAUCAAAGUGAUGUACAGCAGCUAUUCAACUGCUAAUGACUUUGUUGUAGACCCAAAUGCCCUGCAGAGUUUCAGAUGUGAAUGGGGCAGUUUCAGACUAUACAAAAUCCACAUCUAUUACUCCAAAUCCUUACCCGUCUGUGACCCUGAUCCCUGUAAGAACAAAGGAGAGUGUCAGAGGCUGCUGGACUCCAAUGAAUGGCUGUGUGAGUGCCCAGAUGGUUUCUAUGGAGACACAUGUGAAAAGGAAUUCAACAUCAGGAACGACGCAGGGACCGAUUUACAACAUCCUGUGCCUGACAUCAGCACCCUCGAUGUCAAACUGGACAAGAUGGAGUCCAAACUGCAGGAGAUUCUCAACAAGCUAAAUGAGUGA